CUGAGGUGGAGCAAAAACCCCUUGUGUUUUUAUGACUAAACCCCCUUGGUUUUUUACAGUCAUUAACUAGCAUUAACGCUUCAGUCGAACUUCAGCCGGUGGUAGGUGUUGGCCUGAUGAACAGCAAAUAACGUGUCAAAAUUUUAGUGGACUCGAAUAAAACGAAUAACGGACUAAUUGCUCUUGACACGAGUUUGGAAAGACGUGUUUGAACUUUGAAGUCUUAACUUCAUUCGGCAUAUCGCAUUGACCACAGUGAAGUGGUCACAGUAGAUCCGGACUCUCAGGAAAUGCGCCACCACUGCCCGUCUUGACCGAUUCAAAAUGAAAUGAGCAAAUGACGAACCUCCAUUCUGGAUUUGAAGCCAUGAUAUCGCUUGUUUGCUCUCUCGGACACAGUUAAACUGCCUACAGAUGUUUCGGUCUUUGCCGUUGGAGGGUCCUUUUGGUUCGUUGGUCUCGCGCAUUUAAACCGAACGUCCUGCAGUCGUUUCUCUCUUCACUCUUGUUUUUUUUUUUUUCUCUUUAUUCCGUGAAUGAUCUGAUAAAGGGAUACACAUAUUGAUCAUAUAUUAAAGUAAUGUUAAAAUUUUCGCGUAAUCUGUUGCAAAGGAGUCUGUGUUUGUCGUCGGCCGUGAGACAUGGGUGGAAGCCGUUAGGGUUGCGGUGGGUGGAGACCGAUACUUCUGUCCCUCCGUCACCGUCGAAGCAAUUGCCGAAAGAAGAUGAUUCGAGCACCUGCAGCGGAGGCGGAGGAGAAAGAGUAAGAGUAGGAAGAGAUGAGAUAUCGUUCGCGGAGGCAAAGAAGUUAAUGAGACUGGUAAAUGUGGAAGCGUUGAAGAGGAAGCUUGGGAUGGAAAGAGAGGAGGUAAUCUGCUAUUCUGAGCUUGUCAACACUUGUCAAAGCAUGGGCGUCACUAGAACCCCCGAAGAGGCUGCCGCUUUCGUCCGAGUUCUCGACGAGGCCGGCGUUAUUCUCCUCUUCAGAGACAAGGUAUAUCUUCACCCAGACAAGGUAGUGGACCUAGUUAGAAAAGCAGUACCCCUUGCUUUGACACCUGAUGAUGAUCCCAGGAGGAAUGAGCUGAAGUUGCUUCGGAAGAAGAAGGAAGAGAUUGAUAUGCUGGCCCACAAGCAAGUGCGCCGAAUCCUAUGGUCUGGCUUGGGUGUUGCUGUUGUUCAAGUGGGGCUUUUCUUCCGGCUCACAUUCUGGGAAUUUUCUUGGGAUGUCAUGGAACCCAUUGCAUUCUUCACGACUACUACUGGCCUGGUCAUUGGAUAUGCUUACUUCCUGGUUACAUCGAGAGACCCCACAUACCAAGACCUCAUGAAGAGGCUCUUCCUGACAAGGCAGAGGAAGCUGUUCAAGAAGCAUAAUUUUAAUGUUGAUCGUUUCAUGGAGUUACAGAGUCAAUGCAAGUCACCACUAGAUGGCACCAUUGUUUUGAAGGAAGAGGAAGAGAUGUAGAAAAAGGGAUUCUUUUCAUAGAGAUUAUGCUUUCUAGUUUUUGUUGAUUUUUUAUCAUUCCAUCCUCUUCCAGCCUCCUUAUAUGGGAGUUAAGUUCUACAUCGCAUGGUAGCCUUUUAUGUCUUGGAUGCUGGGAGCCAAUUUUCCUAUCGUAAAGUAUUUACUAGCGGCGUUUUAUGUAUUUAUUAGUAUUCUUGUAGAAUGACUAGUGUUAAAUGUUAGAAAGCAUGGGAUGGUUGUUGAUGCUUUAUCGACUGAAUCCACUUUCCCCGUAAUUGCAUACACCUUUUGGUUGGAAA